AUGGACCGGUUUUUGCGUGGUUUACCAGCUGCCCUGCAUCGCUGGGUCUGCCAAAGUGAUCCCCAUACAGCUGAUCAACUGAUUGCCUUGGUGGAAAGAUAUGUGGCUGCAGGAGAACUGCUACGUCCUACUUCACAGGAAAAAACCCGCAAUCCUAAGCCCCAAGGUUCUGCAAGACCUGAACUAUGGGCAGCUGUACAAAAGAUAGACCACAGUUUAUCAGAAAUUAGUCAAUCUGCCGAGGAUAAUGUGUUCCCUUUUUCCAAUAUUGACUUGAGUUUUGACCACUGUGACAGAAAAAUAAGAAAAAGAAGAAAAUACUGCCCUAAACCAGUAUUAAUAGGAGAUUACUCAGCUCAAACUAGUGAGGAGCCUACUAAUACUGCAGACAAGGAUAAUGACUUAAUUGAUAUUGGGAUCAGUCCUGGUAAUUUUAAAAGUGCUCAGUGGGAAGAUCCCACUUUAGUGACAGCUAGAAAUGAUAUUAAAGUUGUGACAUCACAAGCGGCAUCCCCCACAUUUGUUUUCAAUGAUACAAGUCCAUCAGGCUAUGAAAUGACAGGAGUCAGAUUAUCCCUCUGUGCCUUCAGAACUCUGGAAAACUGUGCCAGACUUUAUCAGAAGCAGCAUGUAAUUAAGUGUACCACAUGCUAUACACAUUGCAGACUUCUGUCAAACAGCCUAGACCACCACAGAAUGCCCCUUACCGGCAGGUACCCCUUACAUUCCUGUCCAGUUUUCACUCUGCGUUCAGGAAACAUAUAUGGAAACUCAAUCAGGUUUAAAAGUAAGAAGAGCCAGAAGAAAACUCAUAAAGGCACAUCUCAAGAGGACGAGGAUGAAGAAGAUGAAGAUCUUGAGGAUGUCAGUGAUUAUGAAGAUGAGCCAGAAGACCCCAAAAUCCCCAAAGAUUAUAAAGAUCUAGAGAAAGCUGUGCAGUCCUUUCGAUAUGAUGUCAUCAUUUCAGCGGGACUAGAUAUCUCACGAAACAAAGUUGAAGAAGCGUUUUACAGCAGCAUGCUGCGGCUAAAUGGGGAAAAACUAUGGAAGAAAAGCAGAGCGGUUAAAAUUGGGGACCACUUGGAUUUAAUUAUUGAAGAAAAUAAAGAAACUGAAACGUCAACAGUGAUGAGAGUCAUCUUAAAAAAAGUGGCAGAGGAAAAGACUGGCACUGAAAAAUACAAAGUCACAUUAAGACGAUGGAAAAACCUAAAACUUGCAAAGCAGGAUGGACAAAAAUAAUACAUUUUGUAUGCGUUGGUACUUAGGAAGAAAUACUAUAUACCGGUAUUUAAAAAGCUGGCAGGUCAAUUUGUGCAUCAACCUUCAAACACCCCAAAAAUGAUUGUUUUUAACAAUCACCUGCAUGAGCACUAGACUGAGACUGUUAACCCUUCUUUCAUAUCACCUGCCUGUGUGUGCUUUUUACAAAACACCAGAUCAGAGCUGUAAUUUGUAGACAUUGCAACAUCAUGGAAAAGACCAUAACUGAUGGACCUAAAUUUUUACUCCUUAUCUACAUGUAUUCUAGUCAUUUUUUCGUGUGCUUUUUUCCCAUAAAAAUUUUUUUAAUGACACUGUAAUGUUUUUUUGUAGAUUGAGGGGUUGUGACCUGUGCAUUCACAAGGCGUGCAUAGGUAGGAAGCGCCGGUUUGACAAAAUCGUUGGUGGUGCUGAGCUACAGGAGGUGCGCUUAUUACAUUAUGAUGUAUAAUGUCAUUUCUUAAAGGACCCCCACCAUAAAGAACUUCAGCUGGAAUUUAAAAUGAAUUUCAAAGUUCCCAAAUUCGAAGCAUAGUUGACCUUUGUCCUUAAAGCUGAAAUUCACUUUGACAAUUCUCACUGUAGUGAUUAUGUAAUUAAUAACUCAGAGUGUGCUUCUGUGUGAUUGACAGUAUUAUGAAUGGCUUAUACAACUAUUAACAUUAAAUGACAAUCUGUAAUCAUAAGCAAGUGGCCUCCUGGGGAUGGGAUAUGUAAAAUUCAUGUGCUGAAGAGGAAAAAAAAAAUAAAAAUAAUCCAGGCAAUUCAUUUGGGAUCAA